AUUGUGUUUCUUGAACUGCAGCUGAAAUGUCGUGUGUUUGCAGUGCCUAAGCAUAAUCAUAUGUGCAAUAACAUCAACAACAAAACAAAGAGUUAACUAACUAUAUUAAGAAUCUUCUUAGAGCAAUCUGCUUAGAGAUUUUUAAAAAUAUAUAGCAAGAAAUUGUGUGUUUAGGCAGUGCGUAAAUUUUUCAACAUUCACAAUCAUACAAAAAUACAUACAGACAUACCUAUAUAUACAUAACGUAACAUGUGUGAGCGCGAGUGAGAGCAAAACGUCAACAUGACAGCAACGACAACAACAACACUAGCAACAGCAAAGUAAUAAAGAGAGAGAGAUAGAAACAGAGUGAGAGAGAGAGAGCCCCCAGCCAGCUGUGCAGGUCGUCGUGGUCGAUUUCUGUUUUUAGGCUCCCCCAAUAAGGAACAAAAAUUUUCAGUCAAAAUUUAGUUAUUUUCAUUGAUCAACAGCCGAUCGAGUGUCAUAGAAUAAAUAUUUUAAUAAAAAAUUGUUCGUUAUUUAAUUAAUUUUGUAAUACAAAUUGUUAUGCACAUAUUCAAUCUGUACAAACUCAAGUGCAUCAUUUUACACACGCUGCGUCAGACUUGGACUUGGACAUUUGUUGUAUUUGUCGCCAAGCUACUAAAUAAUUGGUGUCGCAGACCGAUCGAUCGCCCGGAGCAGCCGCAGCUCCAUAAUAAUAACAACAACAAUAGCAACGUAAUGGAACAGGAAAUCCAAGACGAGGCGCCAGAAGCGCCAGAACAACAUCAACAGGAGCAGCAACUGGAUCAGAAUGCCAUAAUCAAUGCAAUUAUUGCAGACGAGCCAAUGGAUGCUAGUGAUGUGGAGAACGAGGAUGCUGACGACGACAUCGAUCUUGAUGACGAGGAGGGCGAUGUUGAUGACGACGAGAACGAUGUCAGCGAUGAGGAUGAAUCUGAUCCCGAAUUGGAGGAAAUGUAUUCCGAUAACGAUUGGACCACAUCGAACGAUGAGAGCGAAAUGUCGACAACCACAUCGAACGUCGGCCUGGGACCGUUUGAGCCCAUAAUACCACAGUCGACGCGACCAAUGUACAGCUUUCAGCCAGCGCGUUUGAUCAAGUGCCAGUUUAAGGAUAAGCAUUGCAUUGGUGGCUUUCCGCUUGGACGCAGUGGCCAUCGUAUCAUUGCAUCCAAAUCGCAUCUCUAUUCCCUUGGUGGCUAUAAUCCGCGCAGUGCACUGACGGCCGCCCGGCGCGGCAGGUGUCUGCUCUUCCAGGAGCUCUGGAGCUACAAUUUCGCCACAAAUCACUGGACACUGGAACUGAAUGCGGACAACGCCAGCAAUAUGCCCACAGAGCUCGCUUCCAAUGCGCUUGCCAUUCACAACGAUGUGCUUAUUUCGCAUGGUGGUACAGGGUAUCCCUUUGGCGAGUCGUGUUCGAAUGAUUGCUACGUGUACCGCACGAAGGACGGCAAUGUUGGCGUCGAACGCUUGAAAGUCAGCGGAGAUCUACCGACGGCUCAGUAUGGACCUGGCAUUGUUAUACAUAAGCAUUAUUUGUAUACCAUUGGCGGUACGACUGGCUUCGAUUAUUCCUGUGAUGUUUAUCGCUUGGAUUUGCGCACCAAGGUGUGGGAGAACGUCUACAUCUGCCGGCCAGAGAUGCGCGACGAUCCGGAGGGACGCUAUCGACACGAGGUCGUCUAUGAUGGCAAGCAUAUCUUUGUGCUGGGCGGCGGCACCUCGAAUUCUGUAUAUGAUCUGCAGCGUAUACCAGCCUAUAAUUUGGAUGCAAAUAGGUGGGAUUACUUUGAUACACUACCGGAUCGGAGCAGCGGCGCAUGGAGCGAAAACGAUAAGGGCUACCCGAGACCGCGCAAAUGCUUCUCCUGUGUGCAGCACCAGUCAUCCAAUGGCGACAUUGAGGCCUUUAUUACUGGUGGCUUGCAGGGCGACUUUUCGACCUAUUUCUCAGAUAUUUGGAAGCUGAACUUGCGCACCAAACAGUGGACCAUCAUACAGACGGCCAGUUUGCCCCGUGCUCUGUAUUUCCACUCGGCAGCCCAUUCGGGCAACGGCUGCAUGUACAUCUUUGGCGGCAUCGAGUACAACGAUAAGGAGACACUGAAGCGUCGCAAUGAUCUCUACAAAAUGUGGAUGACCAUACCAAAGUUAAGUGAAAUCUGCUGGGAUGCCAUCACCUACUACAAUGAUAAUUUGGAUCUGUACGACCGUAAGACUCUGCUAAGUGCUGGCAUACCCAAAAGUUUUACCGAACGCCUGCCGCCGCAACGCGUCCUAACUGAGAAGGGUGAACCGGGCUCGACCAUAAUGACAUCGUUGUACUCAAUUCCGAAGCGCGCCCGAUCCCAAAUGCAAUAAUUGGCUAGCUUCAGCAAUUGAGCUUUAAAUCCCAAUCCCUGCCCAAACAAAAUAAAGUUGUGAAUUGAGAUUAUGGCGUGAGUGAUUGUCCCUGUGGUGGAGCUAUGUUUCGUUUUUUGGUCCAAGUCUAAUCAAAAACAAAUGCAAGUUGAAAAGAAAAAAUACAAUUUUUAGUUUUGUGAGCGCGCGCUGUGAUCGAAUGCGAAAAACAUUUAUAUUUAUAUAUACAUAAUGUGUAUUUUGAUAUUUCGUAGAGUCGAGUGGAAAGGCGAAACAUGUUUUAUUUAGCAUGUAAAUAAGACGUAAAUAUAGUUUAGUUUAGGCAGGAGGCGAAUUUCGAUGGGAUAAAUUUUACGAACAAUAACCGGAAUAACAAACCAAAAGAAAACAAAGAGUCCAGCGCACACAAACCAAUU